UCCUUGAAAAAACACAGCCAUGUCUUUUAACUAAAGAGCUGAAACCUCACUCAUCUCUUUCCCCAACUUCAAGCCAGUUGAACAGAGAAAUUCAGAGCACACCUAAACUGCGCUUGGUUCAGUUCAACUUGGGGAAAUAGAUGCUCCGGGCAGAUGUAUAUUGCUCUCCGCUUUACAGUCCUCCACAGGUCAAGUUAGUGAAGGUUGGUAGCAGCUCCAGCUCAUGGCUGAUCCAAUACCGCAGUGCUCGAAGGCUACCCAAGGGGGUUUCUGUCAAAGCCUUGAAAGAUGAGGCAGGCGGGGAAACAAGCGGUUUCCGUGGCCAGAGUUGGGAUCCUGGGUCAGAAAUCGAGGUUCCUUAUGAACAAAGGCCGGUGAAUGAGUACUCAUCUCUGAAGGACGGAGUUUUAUACUCGUGGGGUGAACUGGGACCUGGGCCUUUCCUCCUUCGUCUUGGAGGUUUGUGGUUGGUUACUUUCACAACUCUAGGAGUGCCUAUUGCAGCUGCAAGCUUUAAUCCAUCAAGGGAUCCUCUAAAAUUUGCGCUAGCUGCUGGAACUGGAACUCUUUUUGUUGUAUCGUUGAUCGUCUUAAGAAUUUAUCUGGGAUGGAGUUAUGUUGGUGAUCGACUACUAUCAGCAGUCAUACCUUACGAAGAGAGUGGCUGGUAUGAUGGACAAAUGUGGGUAAAGCCACCUGAGGUCUUGGCUCGUGAUAGACUAUUGGGCUCUUACAAGGUUAAACCCGUCAUCAAAUUGCUGAAACAGACUCUAGUUGGAACAGGGGCAUUACUUGUCACAGGAGCGUUGCUGUUUAUCUUUGCUACACCGGUGGAGGAUUUCAUUCACACCACAUUUGGCAUAAAAGAUAACUCAUCAAAUGUUUCCGCCUCAAAGAUCAGCACAAAGUUCAGCAUAAGAAAAGAGGAGUUGCUAAAAUUGCCUACGGACGUGAGGUCUGAUGAUGAUCUAGCAGCAGCCGCUGCUGAGGCUGCUGAUGGAAGACCAGUCUACUGCAGAGAUAGGUUUUAUCGUGCAUUAGCUGGUGGGCAGUACUGCAAAUGGGAGGAUCUACUUAAGUGAUGGGCAAAAGACAAAGGAAAAGAAUAAUUCAUAUGAAAUUCCAUAUCAUAAUAUACAAAAUUGUUUUACAAAACAAAGUAGUGGCCUGCAAGGCAAUGCAAUAUCCAUUAAGGAAAA